AUGGCUGGCUUUGCCGUGACGAACGACCUUCAAAGCCCCAUCGAAAUGAAGCUGCAGAGUGAGGACUGGAAAGUUGUGUAUCCCCAGAAGUCCUGCGAUGUCUGCGUGUCGGAUGGCGAGGUCUCCUUUGUUGAAGUUCGACUGCGAGAAAGCCCAGAGGUGAAAGGCAGCUACCAGGCUACCGGUGGAACGAAGUUAUGGGCCUCGCUGGAUUUCGAGUCUUUCAGCCGGGAGGCAAAGCGCCGGGAUCGAGGCGAGGCCCGGCAGUUAGCACGCGAAGGAGAGCGAAGGGAGGAAGCCCAGAAGCAGAAGGACGCAGCGAUCCAACAGAUCGGUUGGAGCACGGUUCUUGUUUUUGGUGUCAUUCCAUUGCUUGUGCUGUUCUGUUGCACAAUCAUCCCGGCCGAAAGCGCCAUUGCGGCUGCACUGCUGGCGAUUGCCACAGUGCCAUUCUGCUGCAGCCUUACUCUCUUCGUUGUUGCAGUCGGUUCCGAACACUCCAGGUGCGUCGAUUUUGGAGAGUGCAGAUUCCCAAUCCCCAUUGCCUGGCGGCUGGUGGGGCUCAUUGGACUGGCCCUGCUGGCCUGGAUGACGGCCCAGCACACAGAGCGAGGAUUCGGGUGGACUGCAGCCAUCGUGUGGCCUGUGCCCUUGCUUUGGGGCGGCAGGUUGUUGUUACGCCUGGUUCUUGCCUCCAGAAGCGAUAGAGAGGUAGAGCGAAGAAACGAAGCCAAAAGGGAGAUCAAUAGCCGAAAUAUCCACUUCGAUGGCAGCGUCAUACGAGAACGCGGGCGGCCCUGCGUGGCCAGCUGGCCCGGGAAGUGCGAAGGAGCGUGGGAAUCCCUGGUGUCACAGACCCGGCGUGGCGAGGUCAGCGCAGCUGUCGUCUUCCUCCCUUGGGGCAUAGACGACUAUGGAGCACACGACAGCAUCCCCUUGGCUGAAGGCUUGCCGGGCAGAUGCUGGUGCACGCCACUCUACGGGGAGGAGCAGCUGUGGGGCUGUAGAUGGUUUACACAAUGGAGGCAGAACAUCGAAACGGCGGUGGAAUCCGGGGCAGAGCUUGAAGUCUAUUACUUACCGAAUCGCGUGGGCAAAGGCAAGGUGAAGAGCUUCGACACAGCAGGCGACGAGAACCUCCAGAGGGAAGAGUUGAACAGCAGACAAAAAGGCUUCGAGCAGUCUCCCGAGUUCAAGCAGGCGCUGGACGCAGGUCUUGGCAACCUCUCCAGGGAGCCACGUGGUGACGGGUCCUCCCAGUACAGCCGUGAAGCUCGACGCCUGUUCCUUGCUUCUCUCUCGAAGACAGAACGUGAGUUUCUAGCCACCUCAGAGGGCCUCGGCAACUCCCAGAGAGCGGAGGUCGCCUGGCUGGAGAGGAAGGGCUACGCGUACUGGGAGGUGGAUGUCUCCAGGUGGCUCCCUGGGGACGGAGAUGAACAGUACGUCCCAGCAUCUGCGGAACAGCGGCUGCAACUGCGCAGCCAGCAGGAACUCUCCAUGGUGCCGCUCAUGGAUCAGGUCAAUUGA